AUUAGAAAAGUCAAAUCAAAACAUGAAACAAUGACAUGAUUGAGGUUAAAUGUGUCACUAGUACAAAUUAUUUUCUUUAAACUAAAAGGACACAUUAGUCUGUAAGAAUCAUGUCGAAUUUUGAACCAAAAACUUAUUCCAAACUAUCGGACAGGAAUAGAGCAAAGAGGCGUAGAAGUAGUGCUGGACCAGUAGAGUCGAAUAAAAAAGAUAACUUGAGUGCUGUUAUAGUUGAUAGUGGAGCUUACAAUAUUAAAGCAGGCUUUUCUGGUGAUGUAAGUCCUACUUUAAUACCUAAUUGUAUUAUGAAAGCAAAAUCAGAGCGAAAACGAUUAUUUAUUGGUGAUCAGAUCAACGAAUGUAGAGAUUGCUCUGGUCUUUAUUUCCUUUUACCGUGUGAGAGAGGGUACAUAACGAAGUGGGAUGUUCAGAAACCAGUUUGGGAUUAUGUAUUUAGUAAAAAUGUUUGUCCGAUAAAUGAUAACCCCGUUAUUGUCACACAACCUUUAUUUAAUUUCAAAUCAAUUCAAGACUGCAUAGAUGAAAUAUUUUUCGAAGAAUACGAAGUCGCUUCGAUGUUUCGAUUAAAUCCUACGGAUUUAGUUAGAUUAAAAUAUGCCGAAGACCGUAAACUCUCAGAUGAUGUACCUUGUAUUGUAGUGGAUACCGGUUUUAGUUUUACUCACAUCAUCCCUUACAUUAAGGGAAAUAAGUAUUUGAAUGGCAUUCGGAGGCUGAAUGUUGGUGGUAAACUGUUAACAAAUCAUUUAAAGGACAUCAUAUCUUACAGGCAGUAUAAUGUCAUGGAAGAGACUUAUGUUAUAAACCAAGUGAAAGAAGACACCUGUUAUGUAGCAGAAGAUGUAAACAAAGAGUUGCAAGUGGCUGCGAAAUCUGGAAACACAAAUUACAUAGUACGGAAUUACGUCUUACCGGAUUUUAAUAAUAUCCGAAGGGGAUACAUACAAGAUCCCAGCAAUUCCGUUCAAAAGGAAAAAGAGGAGAACUGUCAAAUAUUGAGGUUGAAUAAUGAAAGAUUCAUUGUUCCUGAAAUUUUAUUCCACCCAUCGGACAUCGGAAUGAAAAGUAUGGGUAUAGCGGAAGCUGUUGUGAAGUCAAUAUAUAGCUGUCCAAAGGAUCAACAAGAAAAACUUGCGAAGAAUGUAGUAUUAGUGGGCGGAAAUUGCAAAUUUCCUGGUUUUAAGGAGAGAAUGUAUACCGAAUUACGUUCGCAAUUACCUGACCUUUGGGAGUUGAACGUAUUUGAGCCAGAUGACCCCAUAUCUUACGCAUGGAAGGGUGGAAAACCGUUACUGAGAACUCCCGACUUUAAAAACUUUUUAGUAACAAAAGAAGAGUACGAGGAACUUGGCUCUUCAAUCAUUCAACAAAGAUUUAAUACUUGGAUGACGGAUAACUCUGCUGUAAAGGAGGAACCCAAGAAAUCGGUUGAAAUUUAUAAAUAUCUAGAUAAAAUUAAAGGUCGGACGAUUUUUGGAAAGCACGACAAUGGAAAUGCCCCCGACCUUAAAACAAACGGUGAAAGUACUACUGCUAAUGCGAUGCCGCAAGAAAAUAGUGGUAGUGGUACUCCUGUGAGUCUUGCGGAUGAGGCAGACUUAGCAACCGGCUCUGAAGAAACAUCCCAAGAUAGUUUUCAACCUGUGUCUGAACCAGAAAUUGCUAUAAACAGAACUCUUAGGAAACCUAGUGUCAAAACUAGUAGCUCCAUAACUCGAGACUAUGAACGUGAGAAUUCUGAUGCCUUAGUUUCGGAAGAUUUAACAAACUCAAUCGAGUUAUUUCCGUUGGGAACAGGAUCCUAUUUGUGAAUGCCACGGAAUUCGUCAUGCCUAAAAUUUCAGAUUUUGUAUUUUUGACGUUUUCAAAGGAACAUCCUUAUGAUUUGUAUUUAAAAGUUUUAUAAAUAAAUCACUUU